AUGAUAAAACCACCGAAAGUUUCACAUAGACAAGGAAGCAAAGUAAUGAUUUCUUAUUGUUCAUGUCAAUAUGAUUUAGCACAAAAGUUAGUUAAAGGAUUGAUUGCUAGGCGUAUUCCAGUUGUUUGUCCAUCAAUGAAUAUUCAUGAGAUGAUAAAAAUAGCAACUCAGGAAGCAAGAGUUGUUUUACCUCUAAUGAGUGAAGCAUAUGAAGCAUCACAAACUGCAAAAUAUCUUAUGUCCUAUGUGGAUGAAGCCGGUAUUCCUAUCAUUCCCAUAAAGACGCAAGCUAAUUAUUCUCAAAGCGGUUGGCUUGGCGUUAUUUGCGCUGCUGCAUUAUUUAUAAAAAUGACGAAUACUGAUAACUUCGAACAAAAGCUUAAUAGUCUUGCAGAACAAUUGCAUCCAUAUAUCAGUGAUUCUAGAGGUGAAGAUCAAAAAGUUGAAACUCUUGUUGAUGAAACUCUCGCUCAAGGUUAUUAUAUUCAGAAUGGAGAAAAGUUUGAUAUGACAUUUGAUUUAUUUGUUAUGACUAAUGGAUAUAUUGCUGGUGAAGGAAACGAUGAAAUUGGUAGCUUUGUAAUUAAUGGUAAAUAUACACGUUUAUCAGGCACAGAAGACCUUGAAUUUCAAUUUAAAAAGCAUUACAUCGGACGACAUACUGUUCAGAAAGGAAAUAUCAAUACUGCUAUGGCUACUGGUGUUGAAGGUGCUGCAUUGAUCAUUAGUUUCGAUACUGUUGCUUAUAGUAAAAGUAUUAAUUGUCAGAAAGAAUUUACAUACGCUCUUCAAUUGAAGAAGAAUAUUGUUCCUGUUCUUCUUGAGCAUGCAAAUAAUCUUCAGAAUACAUGGCUAGGAAAUUCAAUUGCUUCCUUAAAUACAAUCAAUAUGCAGGACGAAAGUCAGUUUGAUUCUAGUUUUAAAGCACUUCUACAACGAAUUAAUAUUGCUCUUAAAGAGAAAGAAGUCGAAGAUUCCGAUCGAUCUCAGGUUAUUACACGUUUUGAAGGUGGUAUUGUAACAGGAAAAUAUUGUCAAUAUGGUCAGGACUUUGAUAUGGUAUUUGAUUUCUUUAGCUUAAGAGAAGGAAGAGUUUCAGGUCAAGGAAAUGAUACAAUCGCACCUUUUACUAUGGCUGGAUAUUAUGACAAUGAAGGAAAAGUUUGUUUCACAAAGCAAUAUGUUGGAAAACAUGCUGUUAUAUACAAAGGAAAUCUUACUUGUGAUAACUUGGGUGGAUUUAAAAUUGAAGGAAAAUGGAAUAUUGGCGAUCUAACAGAUUACUUCUGCCUGGAAAGUGUUAGUACAGGCAAAGCAAAUAUUUGGCUAGAAAUAACAUUGAUGAAUAUUAAACCUACUCGAUCUACAACGGUUUUUACACACACGACUAUUGAUUCUUUACUAUUACCUUCUAAAAAAGAAAAACAGCAGCUAUUAAUGAUGUCAAAUUCUGAACAAAUUAAUAUUGAUUCUACACUUACAACACUUGAUCUUCAUAAAAAUGUUAAAACUAUUACUGAAUCAACAACAUCCACGCUAGGUCAUGAUUUAGAUGAUCAGCGACCAGCUGAAAAUGAUCAAAACCAACAAUCUUUAAUGCAACAACGAUUAAAUUCAAUACAAAAAUUUGAUAGGCACAGGAAUCCAAAAAUUUGGUUAAAACAUAUUAUAGAAAAAUUUGAUUUAUUACAACUCUCUUCUCUGGAACGUAAUGAAUUAAUUUCAGAAAUUUUAACUGGUGAUGCACUUAUUUGGCAUUCAGCUGGAUAUUAUGGGGCUACUACCCUAGCAAAACGUUAUGCACAAUCUUAUAUAAAAGGCACAAUUUUUCCAAUGUUAUUUCAUUCAGCUCGCACGAAGGAUAUGGUUAUAUUUUCUCUUCUAUUACUUUUAACUAUACAAGAACUAUGCAAAUCUAUGUAA